AUGAGCGAUGGACUAUUUUCCAAACAUACUGCUUUGAAUGCAGGCACCAUUCCUGCUUCAGCAGAAGAAUUAUCGCAGAGAUAUGCAAAACUCUUUCAGCAAUAUUCUCGAUUAAAAGCACAACAUGCUGUUUUGAAAAAAGCAGUUAUAAAGGAGCAAGCAUCCAACGUAGCUUUACAAGGAAAUGUCAAAGAAAAAGAAAAAGAACUAAGAAAGCUUCAAGAACAAUUAGAUCUUUUAUCUUUCCAUAACGAAAGGUUAACAAAACGUAUACAGGCUGUACAAGAAAGUGACCAGAAAGGAAGUCAUUUCUCCUUACUUGGCGGUUCUGUUAAAAAGGAGUUAGAAAAGAGUGCACAGGCACUGGAUGCAGCCAAUUUAGAUUUGGAAAGAAAGAUACGAGAAAAUGAAAUACUUCAUGAAGAGCUCACAGAGAGACAGUUUGAGUUUACGAAUACCAUCAAUAACUUGUUGAAGCAAAUUCAAGAUUUAGAAGAAAAGGUUCAAGAGUUGGAAACUGGACAGUCGCUUCAACCUGGCGUGCCAUCACAAGAACCUCAGUUGAAUACUGAAGAGCAGUCAUUAAUGCAGCAAAUUGACGUGCUUAAAUCAAAGCUUGCGGAAAAAACAUCCUUAUUAAACGAUCUAGAGGACAACAUGCAGCAGAAUGAUGCUCGGCUUUUAUCCGAAAUUGACAGUUUACGUGCAAUUCUAUUAGCAAAAGUGGGUGAUAUUAAAAAUGUAGGUCUGAAUGACAUUCUACCAGAAGAUAGUUCUUCUUUAAAAGAACUAGAAGAAGAGGCUAAAAAGUAUUUUCAGUCUAUCCAAGACACGAUCGUUGAGGCUUCUCCGAUACCACUGCCGCAUGAGAUUGCUGAAAAAUUAGCUAUAUCACAUGCAACGUGGAGAAAAGAGCAUGAAGAGAUUUCGGUAGAGUUGAAAAAACUAAAAGACCAGCUGAGCCAAUCUCUGGAAAACGAAGAGAAAGGUCAAGCUAAAUUAGCAGAAUACGAGAAUGAAAUUAAAAAGUUGAAUGAAAGAUAUGAAGAACAUCUUUCUCAAGUAAAUAACAGCCAAGAUGAGAACGUUAAAAUACUGCAUGAAAAGCUAGAAGAAGAAAAAACCAAGCGUUCAUCAGCGGAAGAAAGCUAUACGAAAGCAAUACAGCAGUUAGAAGAGCUUAAUGGAAAGCUUGAAGAAGAGAAAAUCAAGCAUGCAUCCGUAGAAGAGGGUUAUGCAAAAAAGAUACAACAGUUAGAAGCGCUUAAUGAAAAGCUCGAAAAAGAAAACACAAGACUUCAACAGGAGAUUGAGCUGAUACAUAUAAAUAGGCAACCAGUGACUGAUAACCAAACACAAACAGAAACAAUUGCUGAACAGAACGAAGAAAAGUUUAUAUACCCCACAAAAGAAGAAGAGGAAGAGGAAGAGGUUUUUGUCUAUACAGGCAUGGAUGCACCGCCUGCAGCAAAGGAAGAAAAAGAGGAUGAAAUUGCUAUAUUGAAAACAUUUUAUGAGCAGAAAAUAAAUAACUUAUCAGAGAAGCUGCAAAUGACAGAUAGUAAAGCUUUAAGGUUUGCAAAUAUGUACAAGAUGAUGAAAGAACGACUUGCUUCAGAAGAAAAGGAAAAACAGCAGAUGUUUACAGAAAUCGAGAAAUUAAACAAAGAGUUGAAACAUGUUCAAGACUUGCUGGCUACUACCGAAUCAAAUUACCAGAAGCAAAUAGAUGCAAUGACCGAAUAUAUUACCAACUUACAACAGAGUGCUGAAUAG